AUGUCAGAACGCGACGACGUAAAGCCUAUACUCGACCAUAUAGUCGUUCUCGUCUCAUAUAAGACGUUACAAGAGCUUCCUAAGCGCUUGGAAAAUGACCUUAUCGUGAUCGACGGUGGCGCUCAUGCGGACGGUCGCACUGUCAACAAGCUCAUCGAAUUUCCUGAUGGAGUCUAUAUUGAGCUUAUAGCAUUCCAGGAUGAUCUUGAUCCUGAGAAGCGACGGUCGCAUCGAUGGGGAAACCUAGAGGAGAAUACCGUCAUCGAUUGGGCGUAUACUCUUCCGCAUGAGAAAAACUUCGAUGUCAUCCAAGAGCGCGUCAAAAAGGCCAACUCUGAGGUUGUCUACCAUAAUCCGGUACCUGGAGGUCGUCUCAGGCCAGAUGGUGUCGAAUUGAAGUGGUCUGUUGCUUCGGCUUAUGCCGCUGCUGGUCGUGCUCUGUACCCUGGGAAAGCGCCGUUCUGGUGUCUCGAUCGUACAUUAAGACGCCUACGAGUACCAUACAAAGAGGAAGACGGAUCUCAGCCUGAAUACACAAAGCACCCAUCCGGAGUUAUUGGCGUUUCGUCUGUUUCCAUCGCUGUUCCUCAGCGAGAGCAAGAGACACUCACAAAAGUCUACAACGGCAUCCACGACUUCACAACCAAAGACGGGGCGUGGCCUUUCAUUGUUUACUCGGGAUCAAAGGCAGGAAAACACCGCGUCGAAUUGAAGAAAGGCCAAGACGAUGGACGCAAACUUCACUUAACGCUGCUCGGUAAACACGGCAGCCCAAGCAGCAUUGAGAUCCUCCCUGGCUUGGCAUUCAGUGUUGAUUCGGGACAUUGA